AUGGACUCGCCUAAAGGCAAGCACAAAGCUCAUCGCAACCUUUUAAAGAAGCUAGUAAAUGAAAUCGAGGCGGCUGUUUCAAAUGACAGAGCAAGCUUGCAUGAUCUUCAGGUACUCGCGGACCGGUUGGACGGUAUCACCGGCGAGCUGAAAUCUAUUGAUCGGGAGAUAGCGCCGUAUUUAAGAGGCAGCGACAUUGAGCAAGAAUUUCUUCAUGUUGCCGAGUACAUAGACAAGGGUGCUAGUUACUUGUCCAAACUGAAGUACCGGAUUCUGCAGUUGCAGCCAUCGGAAGAACCUGCACCGCCAAACCUAAACUCUACCGCGGCGGAUACACCGACUUCUAGUCACAGCAUAAGGCUUCCUCGCCUGGAACUUUUGAAGUAUAAGGGAACGCCUCGCAACUGGCCUCCAUUUUGGGAACAGUUUCAAACCGUAGUCCACAAGAACCCGGCUUUGACGGAUGUAGACAAGUUUGCCUAUUUGCAAUCAUCGCUGACAGGCCCCGCUGCUGCUGCUAUCGCCGGACUGUCUGCAAGUUCGAGGCGUCAUCAAGAUGCACGGGCCAUCCUCACUGCUCGAUUCGCUAAGGAAGACAUCAUCGUCAAAGACCACGUCGAGCACCUCAUCGACUCGCAACCCAAUCCUUCAACAGCAGAUGUACGCGGAUUGCGUCCCUUGUAUGACGACAUUGAGGCUAAUAUUGGUGGUCUCCAGGCAUUGAAGAUUACAGAGGAGUCGUUCUCAACCGUUCUACAACCGAUCAUCCUGCGAAGUCUACCACGAGAGCUGGUACUCGAGUACUACCGGCGUGGCGAACAAAUCAACGAACACCCGUCGUCUAGCGGAAACGACGCAGUAGGUAAGCAGACGUCUUCCGCAUCGCAGAGCAGCCUACGAUCUCUGCUUGACUUCAUCAACAGAGAAGUGGAAGCACGAGAACGCUGCGAGUCCUGCAGCGUUCAAACCGACCCAAACAUGGGAGCUAAACAAACUGAAGCAAGCAGAUCAUACGAGAACCUGUUCAAAUAG